CAAGAGGAUAGGAAAGCAUAUGCCACGUGAACGUUAUCCGGCAAGAUAUGACCAAGUAAACCCGUAGAAGGAUCGUUAUCUUUGAACGAUGCGAAUGUUGGUCGCGUUACAACGCUUACCUUUAUCUGUCAAUAAGCAGACGACCUUAACGAUUACCUAUAUGUCCCACGUGUAUUGCGCAUCGGCUGCAACUAUUCCUGUGAUAUACUCGCGUGCUUCAACUGUGUGUUAUUUGCGAAACGAGAGCGUUAUUUGUCAGAAGAGGAUCGAUACGAGCAUUCAUCCAUUUACAGAUCGAUUUAUCGACUUGAAGUGCAGAAUGAAACGAACAAACGAAAAAAGUCAACGUUGAAUAAAGAAAAACGUCAUCACACAUAAUGAAUACGACUCAUUGGCGCCGCUAUCAGUUUGAUCUCUGGAUUUUCCUUCCUCUUCGUGACUUUCCUCCUUUCCUUUCCUUUUCUCUGUUUUUUGAAUAAAUGACAAACUGCAUUACUUGGAAGGCAACUUUGUAUCUAUCAAACGAGUUUUUUCGACUAAUAUAAUAUUCCGAAGAUCAGUUGUUUAUGCAAAAAUCAAAAGUUCAUCUAAAAUAAUGUUGUCAUUCUGAACGAUGCAUAGUAGAAUAAAAUCGACGAUGAAAAGUUACAUAAAGGGUAAAGGAAAUUGCAGGAAAACAUUGCAAAUACAAUGUAGAUAAUUGAACAUGCUUCUGCAUAUACAAGUCGACGAAUCAAUCGAUAACAGGUCAUGUGCAUAAAUUAAUAAAUAAUUAAUUACUGACGACGUUGCAAUACGAUAUAUGGAAUUCGUAUAGAAUUGAAAGACGAUGAAUCCUCGAUGAACGUCACAACCGGGAUACGGACAGGAAACACGCUAAUUAAUAUGAAAAGAUGACUCACCGAAUAAUCAAUCGAGAAAUGUGGACCUUUUGGGUGUCCAGUGUUUGCCAAUUCGAACGAUUGGAGAAUACCAGAUUAUCCAUUCACUCGGCUGGUUUGCUGCCAAACACGCGUUACCAUCUGAAGUGUCAGUGUUGGCACUUGAUAAGCAUAGCACAAAUUCCUUAUGCACUGACGUCACAACUACUGCGGUUCUUAAGAGGUUCUGGUAUAAAGGGGGAUGACGCGCACCCCGGAAGUGAAGGCGUUCGCCAGUAAGAUACAAUUCCACGAAAAGAAACCGACGACCUCAGAUUUGUUCCUACGUACGUUACAACGAAAACGAUUUGUAAGGAAAAAGCAAAAGCAUGCUUGGAACGUGUAUGUAUGUACACAGUGACAGGGAACAGAAAUAAAAUAAAUUGUAAGCUUCCUGAAGAUAGCGCUAGUCACCAUGCGAUAUGACUUUAGACCACGUGUGUGCUCCCACAGAAGUGCAAAACGAAGCAAUGUAUUCCGGAGUCGCGUUUAAAAGAAAAAGAAAAAAGAAAAUGUGUGUUUGCAGUAGUAUAUACGUCUCACGGUCAUCGUAUCGUAAGCGUACGUAACUGAAUAUUAUUAUGUUUAUCUCUCUCGAUAAGCUACACGUACGAGAUCGAACGAAUCGAUUAAAAAGUAUGCAAUUGUCCGAUUAAACGGAUGUAACCGAAAGCGUACGAAUAUAUUUGUAAACAAUGAUAUCUUUUGCCGAAUCAAUUAACGAUUGUUCUGCUCGUCAAGUUUAAAUAAAGAAGAGAACUAUUUUUAGUAAUGGCAUCUGCUAGUUUGAACGCUUUAAACUGAAUUCAAUUCGACUUCGUUUCGGAGUUAAGGUUAGUAAGAACGCGCGAACAAGUGCGUUGCACUUUCAACAGGUAUAAACAAAGGAACUGAAACCGUGAUCGGAUAACGGUUAAAUAUCAUUGUAAA